AUUGUGAAUAGGCACGGUCCCGAGGCAGACAGGCAUUUACUACGCUGCCUAUUCUCGCACGUGGAUUUCAGUGGCGAUGGUAAAAGCAGUGGCAAAGAUUUCCAUCAGACUCAAUUUCUGAUCCAGGAGUGUGCGUCGCUGAUUACAAAACCAAACUUUAUCUCGACGCUGUCCUACGCCAUUGACAAUCCGUUGCACUAUCAGAAGAGUCUAAAGCCUUCACCCCAUUUGUUUGCCCAAUUGAGUAAAGUCAUCAAAUUAAGUAAAGUUCAAGAGGUGAUUUUUGGUCUCGCUUUACUGAACUCUUUCAGCUCGGAUCUACGAGGUUUUGCUGCCCAGUUUAUCAAACAGAAACUCCCGGACCUUUUGCGCUCUUACAUUGACGCCGACGUCAGUGGAAAUCAAGAAGGUGGCUUCCAAGAUAUUGCAAUAGAGGUCCUGCACCUUCUCCUCUCCCAUCUCCUUUUUGGGCAGAAGGGAGCCUUUGGGGUAGGACAGGAGCAGAUUGACGCGUUCCUCAAAACAUUACGUAGAGAUUUUCCCCAGGAGCGUUGCCCUGUGGUGCUUGCACCACUUCUAUACCCUGAAAAACGGGACAUUCUAAUGGACAGGAUCCUGCCUGAUUCUGGAGGGAUAGCCAAAACCAUGAUGGAGAGUUCUCUGGCAGAUUUCAUGCAAGAAGUUGGCUAUGGCUUUUGUACGAGUGUUGAAGAAUGUCGCAACAUAAUCAUGCAGUUUGGUGUUCGGGAAGUCACGGCUGCCCAGGUUGCCAGGGUUUUGGGGAUGAUGGCUCGGACUCAUUCGGGGUUGACGGAUGGUAUUCCAUUACAAUCUAUUUCGGCUCCUGGCAGUGGGAUUUGGAGUGACGGGAAGGAUAAAAGUGAUGGAGCACAAGCCCAUACCUGGAAUGUGGAGGUCUUAAUCGAUGUUCUCAAAGAGCUGAAUCCUAGCCUGGACUUCAAAGUAGUAACCUAUGAAUUGGACCAUCCAGGAUUUCAGAUUCGUGACAGCAAGGGCCUGCAUAUUGUAGUGUUUGGCAUCCAGAGGGGGCUGGGCAUGGAAGUGUUUCCAGUUAAUGCCAUUUAUAGACCUUGGAAGCACGCAGAGGGCCAGCUCUCCUUCAUUCAACAUUCCCUUAUAAACCCUGACAUCUUCUGUUUUGCUGACUACCCUUGUCAUACUGUUGCCACAGACAUCCUGAAAGCACCCCCAGAGGACGACAAUCGAGAAAUUGCCACAUGGAAGAGCCUGGAUUUGAUCGAAUCUCUGUUACGACUGGCGGAAGUGGGACAGUAUGAGCAGGUUAAGCAGCUCUUCAGUUUUCCUAUCAAGCAUUGCCCAGAUAUGUUGGUAUUGGCCUUAUUGCAGAUCAACACGUCCUGGCAUACCUUGCGCCAUGAACUCAUCUCCACGCUCAUGCCAAUUUUCCUUGGCAACCAUCCCAACUCUGCCAUCAUUUUGCACUACGCGUGGCAUGGACAGGGUCAGUCUCCUUCGAUUCGUCAGCUUAUCAUGCAUGCAAUGGCAGAAUGGUACAUGAGAGGGGAGCAGUAUGACCAGGCGAAAUUGUCACGUAUUCUGGAUGUGGCGCAAGACUUGAAGGCCUUGUCAAUGCUGCUAAAUGGUACUCCAUUUGCCUUUGUUAUUGACCUUGCUGCACUUGCCUCUCGACGGGAAUACCUCAAACUUGACAAAUGGCUCACAGAUAAAAUUCGGGAGCAUGGGGAGCCCUUCAUCCAGGCCUGCAUGACUUUCUUAAAGAGAAGAUGCCCAUCUAUCCUGGGUGGCCUUGCUCCAGAAAAAGAUCAACCCAAAAGUGCUCAGCUUCCUCCAGAAACCUUGGCGACUAUGCUGGCAUGUCUGCAAGCGUGUGCUGGGAGUGUUUCUCAGGAGCUGUCGGAGACGAUCCUCACCAUGGUAGCUAACUGCAGUAAUGUCAUGAACAAGGCUAGACAGCCACCUCCAGGAGUCAUGCCCAAAGGACGCCCGCCCAGCGCUAGCAGCUUGGAUGCCAUCUCUCCUGUACAGAUCGACUCGCUUGCGGGAAUGGCAUCGCUCAGUCUAGGUGGCUCGGCUGCUCCUCAUACCCAGAGCAUGCAAGGCUUCCCUCCAAACCUGGGCUCUGCAUUCAGUACUCCUCAGUCACCAGCAAAAGCGUUCCCCCCUCUUUCCACCCAAAACCAGACCACAGGUUUCAGUGGCAUCGGAGGACUCUCUUCACAGCUUCCAGUAGGUGGUCUUACUACGGGUAGCCUGACUGGCAUAGGAACCGGAGCCCUGGGCCUUCCUGCGGUGAAUAAUGACCCGUUCGUGCAAAGGAAGCUGAGCACAUCUGGACUGAACCAGCCUACAUUCCAGCAGAGUAAGAUGAAACCUUCUGACUUAUCUCAGGUGUGGCCAGAGGCUAACCAGCACUUUAGCAAAGAAAUAGAUGAUGAGGCCAACAGCUACUUCCAGCGUAUUUACAACCACCCCCCACAUCCGACCAUGUCUGUGGAUGAGGUCUUGGAAAUGCUGCAGAGGUUUAAGGACUCCAACAUAAAACGGGAACGAGAAGUGUUUAACUGUAUGCUGAGGAACUUGUUUGAGGAAUACCGUUUCUUUCCCCAAUACCCAGAUAAAGAGCUGCACAUAACAGCCUGCCUCUUCGGUGGGAUAAUUGAGAAAGGACUGGUUACUUAUAUGGCAUUGGGCCUGGCCCUGCGCUAUGUUCUUGAAGCCUUACGAAAGCCUUUUGCGUCCAAAAUGUACUAUUUUGGUAUUGCUGCACUAGAUAGAUUUAAAAAUAGAUUGAAGGACUAUCCCCAGUAUUGUCAGCACUUGGCUUCUAUUAGUCACUUUAUACAGUUCCCACAUCACUUACAGGAGUACAUAGAAUAUGGACAGCAAUCCAGAGAUCCUCCUGUGAAGAUGCAGGGAUCAAUCACCACCCCUGGAAGUAUUGCACUUGCCCAGGCUCAGGCCCAGGCCCAAGUUCCAGCAAAAGCUCCUCUUGCUGGCCAAGUCAGCACUAUAGUAACCACCUCAACCACCACCACUGUGGCAAAAACCAUUACAAUCACCCGGCCAACUGGAGUCAGCUUCAAGAAAGAUGUGCCGCCUUCCAUCAAUACUACCAACAUUGAUACGCUGUUAGUAGCAACAGAUCAAACCGAGAGAAUUGUGGAACCUCCAGAGAAUGUCCAGGAAAAAAUUGCUUUCAUCUUCAAUAACCUGUCUCAGUCAAAUAUGACGCAGAAGGUUGAAGAAUUGAAGGAAACAGUAAAAGAAGAGUUCAUGCCUUGGGUGUCACAGUAUCUUGUGAUGAAGAGAGUCAGCAUCGAGCCUAAUUUUCACAGCUUAUAUUCAAACUUCCUUGACACGCUGAAGAAUCCAGAGUUUAAUAAAAUGGUUCUGAAUGAGACCUACAGAAAUAUCAAGGUGCUACUGACAUCAGAUAAAGCUGCAGCCAACUUCUCAGACCGUUCCUUGUUAAAGAACCUUGGUCACUGGCUGGGAAUGAUUACACUGGCUAAAAAUAAGCCCAUCUUGCACACGGAUUUGGAUGUGAAAUCGCUACUACUGGGUCAGGAAUUGCUUUACGUAGUGCCAUUUGUUGCCAAAGUCUUAGAAUCCAGUGUCAGGAGUGUGGUCUUCAGGCCUCCAAACCCGUGGACCAUGGCCAUUAUGAAUGUUUUAGCUGAACUACAUCAAGAACAUGAUCUAAAAUUGAAUCUGAAGUUUGAGAUUGAGGUGCUCUGCAAGAAUCUUGCACUAGACAUCAAUGAGCUGAAACCUGGAAGUCUCCUGAAAGAUAAGGAUCGUCUGAAAAAUCUGGAUGAGCAGCUCUCUGCUCCAAAGAAGGAUGUGAAGCAGCCGGAAGAGCUACCACCCAUCACAACAACUACUGCUUCUACAACCCCAGCUACCAGCACCACUUGUACAGCCACGGUCCCUCCACAGCCCCAGUACAGCUAUCACGACAUCAACGUCUAUUCUUUAGGAGGGUUGGCUCCACAUAUUACCUUAAAUCCAACGAUUCCGCUGUUUCAAGCCCACCCGCAGCUGAAGCAGUGUGUGCGGCAGGCGAUAGAGCGAGCGGUGCAAGAGCUUGUCCAUCCGGUGGUCGAUCGGUCCAUCAAGAUCGCCAUGACUACGUGCGAGCAGAUAGUCAGGAAGGACUUCGCGCUGGAUUCCGAGGAGUCACGGAUGCGUGUGGCCGCGCACCAUAUGAUGCGGAACCUGACAGCUGGGAUGGCCAUGAUUACCUGCAGGGAACCUUUGCUGAUGAGCAUAGCUACCAACUUGAAAAACAGUUUUGCCACUGCACUGAGGGCAGCCUCCCCACAGCAGAGGGACAUGAUGGAGCAGGCAGCUGCCCAGUUAGCGCAGGAUAACUGUGAGCUAGCGUGCUGCUUCAUCCAGAAGACGGCUGUGGAAAAGGCAGGCCCUGAGAUGGACAAGAGGCUCGCAACUGAAUUUGAGCUCAGAAAACACGCUAGACAAGAGGGACGUCGGUACUGUGAUCCUGUUGUGUUAACUUACCAGGCUGAGCGGAUGCCAGAACAGAUCAGGUUAAAGGUUGGAGGUGUGGACCCAAAACAGCUGGCUGUUUAUGAAGAGUUUGCACGCAAUGUCCCUGGCUUCUUGCCUACCAAUGACUUAACUCAGCCCACGGGAUUCUUGGCUCAGCCUAUGAAGCAAGCUUGGGCUACAGAUGACGUGGCACAGAUCUAUGACAAAUGUAUGGCAGAACUGGAGCAGCACCUGCAGUCCAUUCCACACACCCUGACCAUGAAUCCUCAAGCUCAAGCGUUGCGCAGCCUCUUGGAGGCUGUGGUGGUGGCUCGGAACUCCCGUGAUGCCAUUGCUGCACUUGGACUUCUGCAGAAGGCUGUAGAGGGCUUGCUGGAUGCCACCAGUGGGGCAGAUGCUGACCUCCUGCUCCGCUAUCGUGAGUGUCAUCUGCUCGUCCUGAAGGCUCUGCAGGACGGCCGUGCAUAUGGAUCUCCGUGGUGUAAUAAACAAAUUACUAGGUGCCUGAUUGAAUGCAGAGACGAGUACAAGUACAACGUGGAAGCGGUGGAGCUGCUAAUCCGCAAUCACCUUGUGAACAUGCAGCAGUAUGACCUUCACUUGGCUCAGUCCAUGGAGAAUGGCUUGAACUACAUGGCUGUGGCAUUUGCCAUGCAGUUGGUAAAGAUCCUGUUGGUGGAUGAGAGGAGUGUUGCCCACGUAACAGAGGCAGAUCUGUUUCACACAAUUGAGACACUCAUGAGGAUUAAUGCUCAUUCCAGAGGAAACGCCCCGGAAGGAUUACCCCAACUGAUGGAAGUAGUCCGGUCAAACUAUGAAGCAAUGAUUGACCGUGCUCACGGAGGUCCCAAUUUCAUGAUGCAUUCAGGAAUUUCCCAAGCCUCAGAGUAUGAUGAUCCGCCAGGUCUGAGGGAGAAGGCAGAAUACCUGCUGAGGGAGUGGGUGAACCUCUACCAUUCAGCUGCAGCCGGCCGUGACAGUACCAAAGCGUUCUCUGCGUUUGUUGGACAGAUGCACCAGCAAGGAAUCCUGAAAACGGAUGAUCUGAUCACCCGUUUUUUCCGCCUUUGCACUGAAAUGUGUGUGGAAAUCAGCUAUCGUGCUCAGGCUGAGCAGCAGCACAACCCUGCUGCCAACCCCACGAUGAUUCGAGCCAAGUGCUACCACAAUCUGGAUGCCUUUGUGAGGCUUAUCGCGCUGCUGGUGAAGCACUCUGGGGAGGCAACCAACACGGUUACCAAGAUCAACCUCCUGAAUAAGGUUCUGGGUAUUGUUGUGGGAGUUCUUCUGCAAGACCACGAUGUUCGGCAGAGUGAGUUUCAGCAGCUUCCUUACCAUCGCAUUUUCAUCAUGUUGCUGUUGGAAUUAAAUGCUCCUGAGCAUGUACUGGAGACCAUCAACUUCCAGACACUGACAGCUUUCUGUAACACAUUUCACAUCCUGAGGCCUACAAAAGCUCCAGGUUUUGUUUAUGCCUGGCUGGAACUGAUCUCCCAUCGGAUAUUUAUUGCAAGAAUGCUGGCACAUACACCACAGCAGAAGGGUUGGCCUAUGUAUGCCCAGUUACUGAUCGACCUUUUCAAGUACUUGGCUCCUUUCCUUAGAAAUGUGGAACUCACCAAACCUAUGCAAAUUCUUUACAAGGGCACUCUGCGUGUGUUGCUGGUGUUGUUGCAUGAUUUCCCGGAGUUUCUUUGUGAUUACCACUAUGGGUUCUGUGAUGUGAUCCCACCUAACUGUAUUCAGCUAAGGAAUCUGAUCCUGAGUGCCUUCCCACGGAACAUGAGGCUUCCAGACCCUUUCACCCCCAAUCUUAAGGUGGACAUGCUAAGUGAGAUCAACAUCGCUCCCCGAAUACUCACCAAUUUCACUGGAGUGAUGCCCCCUCAGUUCAAGAAGGACUUGGAUUCCUAUCUCAAAACCCGUUCUCCGGUCACCUUUUUGUCUGACUUGCGCAGCAACCUACAA